UCCCAACAGAUACAAGGCGGCUAUAUGUUCAAAGUUUUACAAAAGCAAGUGCCAAAAUAAAUUGGGUAUAGUUUAUAAGCCCGUUUCCCAGAGUUUCCUUUACUCAUUCUUCAUCCCACCAUCCCUUCUGAGCUUUAGGUUCAUUGAGGAAAGCGUUCACUCCGAACAACCAACAGUCUAUCACCCACCAGCCGUCCAGUCAUUUGCAAAUGGAACUGCUUUCAGCAUUACCAGCGGAAGCAACCUGCCUGCAUGAAAAGGGCGCUUUCCAGCCAUGUCUUUAUCACUAUACCUCAGACGCUGACCAGAAAUAUUCCCUCAGCGCCUACUUACCCACUGACCCCACUGACGAACGGAGUAUGAAUGACAGGCAUCAGCAUAACUACUACGCCGGUGGCGGGAAACCGUCUGUCAUCAAGAACGAAGCAGGAACAACUUCACAGUCUACAGAACAACCCGAAUCUUUAGAGCGCAAGAGAGCACUCUGCAUCGGUAUCAACUAUUACGAUAAAGAAAACCGACUCAAAGGCUAUAUAAAGGAUGCUACAAACAUUCGCGGCUUAUUAAUGCAAAACGGUUAUAAGGCUGAUGAUGUCAAAAUGCUUACGGACGAUACGGAUAACAAGCCCACAAAAAAGAAUAUAUUGGAAGCAUUGCUCUGGCUUGUUAAGGAUGCCCAGUCGAAGGAUUCACUGUUUCUGCAUUACUCCGGACACGGGGGACAGAUCGCGGACAAGAAUGGCGAUGAGAUCGACGGAAGUGAUGAAGACAUCGAGUGUAGUGACUCGUAUAUUAUUAUUGACGAUGAAAUUCACGAAAUACUCAAGUCCCUGCCUUCUGGUUGCCGGCUUACGGCUCUGUUUGAUACCUGCCACUCCGGGACGGUUUUGUACGACUGCCUUGGGCAUUGCCGGCGCGUAGUUAAAGCGUCGGUGUCGGAUAGACCUGUAACCGGUCGUCUUCUAUAUAUGGGAGCAAGCUCACGAUAUAUUUAUAAGACGACCUGUACAACUGAGUUUAAAUUUGGCGGGUUCAUUUUUGCUGACAACGCACCUUCCUAAUAAGAUAUAGUGUCCAAAAUGGGAACACGCGCCUUGAACCAAUACUUCUCGUGUGCUCGCAUCGCGUCGCGUCUUUCUCUUGCUUCAUGACGACUCUCCUUCCGCUUUUUUAACCACAACAUUCUUUGAUGUUAUGACAACGAUAUCUUACGUGAAAA